UAUUUUAGUCAAUGCUCUUUGGGGCAACCGAUAGGUACACGAAAUAUUUUACAUGUGUGUAAUCGAACCUAUGAGGAUACCGGUCAUACCGAAAUAAAUAAUGCAGUCUUUGAGGAAUAUUUCCAAGUCUUUACUCCGGAGAAACCCAAGUCUCCUGACAAAUCUUCGGUCAUCCCCGAAUUUGUGCAGCAAAGUGGGUGAUGCAGAAGAUACGGAAGUGGUGGGAGGAAAAUCUGAUGGUCAUUUGAGUGGAUUUGCUAAAGCUUUUGAGAAGUUCAAUGCACCAGAACCAGAGGAAAAGCCUCAGCAGAGUCAGACAUUCGCUAGUCUUCUCAGAAAUUCCAAAUUUAUUGAUAUGGGCGAUCCAGAAGGGAAAAUCGUGACUGGAAGAAUAUUUCAAGUGGUAGACGACGAUUUGUACAUCGAUUUUGGAUGGAAAUUUCACUGCGUGUGCCCUAGACCCAUAAAAAAUUCCCAAGAAUUCGUUCGAGGAGCAACUGUGCGACUUCGAGUGAAGGAUCUGGAGCUGUCAGCAAAAUUUCUAGGGGCCCAAAAAGAGCUCACGAUUUUGGAAGCCGACUGUGUCUUACUUGGAUUAAUAAAUUCCCCAGCGAGACCAAUUAGGCCAUGAAAUAAUUAUCGACAUCAUUACUCCUGAUAUGCUUUACAAUUAAUCACUUGUUGGAUUGAAUCAACUCAUUGAUUGUUCAA